AUGAAACUGAUUCCGAAGAUAGUAGAAUUCCGUAGUGGAGAAUCCUUUGUGAAACUGGGAGGGAUAUUGAUGAUCAUUCAUGGUUCUUUCUUUAUGUCUUACAUCCGAUGUUACUAUUGGUUUCCAUACCUCCUUAGUAAGCUUCUCGUUUGGUUCAUGUGUUUUAUCAUGACAAUCACUGAUUUGGAACCAUACAAUGGUGCGGCUAGAACUGAUAACAAUCUGACAAUGAUGGUUUUGAGAGAAUCUCCUUGGUUCCAAGUUCCAUUACCCCUACCAUUUGGAUUCCCGAAAAUCAGUGCUGGAAUCUUCUUUGGUUACGUGCAAGGCUGUUUUGGAAGUCUAAUCGCCGCAAUCAGUGGUGUAAGUAGUGGUGUUACCACUUAUGCUGAAAACAUUGCACUCAUCCAUAUCACUAAAGUCGCCAGUCGUACCACUAUGCAAUUCGCUGGUUUCGUCUUGAUUCUUCUUGGUUUAUUCUCAAAAUUUGCCGCUAUUCUUGCAUCGAUUCCUGAUGCUCUGGUUGGAGGAAUUCUCACUAUGGGAAUAUCAAUGAUUGGGGGAGUCGCGUUGAGUAAUCUACAGAUGAUUGAUCUGAAACUGUGUCGAAAUCUAUCCAUAAUGGGGUUAUCUCUUCUUCUCGGAAUGAUUGUUCCACUACAUUUUGAGAAACACCCAGUCAACACUGGAUAUUUCGAAAAAAAAAGACCCCCUAUCCUUUCCGACGAAUAA